AUGUCGGGGCCCAGAGAAACCGUAGGCUGCCUUGGGAACCUGAGCUCCCUAGCCAGCAGCUCACAAGGCUUCCUUCUGUGGUUUCACGUGGACCUGCUGUGCUGCGAGGGGCAGGGCGCAGAUAUCGCCCUGCAUUUCAACCCUCGGCUGGACCAGUGCACGGUGGUCUUCAACAGCCUGGAGCAGGGCGCCUGGGGCCAGGAGGAGCGCGGCCAGGGAAUCCCCUUCCAGCGGGGACAACCUUUCGAGGUGCUGCUCAUCGCCACCGAAGAUGGCUUCAAGGCGGUGAUCGGGGACGCGCAGUACCACCACUUCCGCCACCGGCUGCCACUGGCGCGCGUGCGCCUGGUGGAGGUGGGCGGGGACGUGAAGCUGGAGUCUCUGAAGAUCUUCUGAGAGGCUGCCUGGUGCCCGAGAGCUGGUUGGGGGGGUCUUGAAUAAAUCGUCAGUGUGUA